AUUUUGUUGAUGCUUUGUUUUAAUUUCAGAAUUAGAAAUUGAAUACAUUUACUUUAACAAUAAAUUUAAUACCUGUUUACUUAGUUCGGUUAGCCAGGUUAGCUACUGUUACCGACCAAAAAGAUUACAAUGGCAUGUCUAGUAAAAAAUACAACAAAUCAACAGGUUGUGGCUAGAAAUCCCAUUUCGCCCCUAAUAUACUCAACUUCUUCUCACGCCAUUACAGCGUGACAAUAAAACCGCUUUCUCCCUUAAUCUGACCACGUUUACCAGAUGCUAGAGUUUAAUGUUAAUUGGAAAGCCGUGUUUACGAGGAGCACAUGAAUGUAGCAUGAUUUCUGCCGUGGCGAGCCGUUUGCUCAACUACGUGCGACCCCUAUCUGCCGGAGCUCGACACUCCCCAUGGAGGAGAGGAGGAACCUGGGAGAGAAGAUGCUGUCAUCCGUUGUCACCGACCUCCGUGAAUGACAUGAGCACCGACAUGGAGUCAUUUUGAAACGUCUUAGUGCGACAAAAUUUGAGCCCUCUGCGCGCUCUUGUUCGGGCCGUUGUGUUGGGGAUGAUGAUGGCGUCCCCGUGCACGGAGCGAGCCGUGCAGGAGUUCCUGAUGGAGAGAGGAGGGAGGGUCCAACAGAUGGAGCUGAUCGAUCAUUUCCUAUCGGCUCUGGGAGAAAAUGACCAGUCGAGGGAAAGGGUGGACCGCGAGGCGCUGACUCGCAUCGUGGACAGCGUGGCUUUCGUGAAGGUGGAGGACGGCGUGAAAUUUGUGUGUUUGAAGGCUGAAGGCAGCGCGGGGUCGGUGAUGCGUGCGGACACAGGCGGCCACGAUCACGCUGAGUGCAACGGUAACAUCCAGGAGGACGACAGCAACUAUGUGAACGGCAACCCUGACAACAAAGAGCAAACAGGAGCAUCCAGCACACCAGCAGCAGGCCUGGACAAUGACAAACAAUCAAACGGCAACGAUCCACCUGCAGACCCCUCCCAGAAUAAUAAGACCAAUGCAACGUCUCCUACCUCUGGAGGAGGAGGAGGAGGAGGAGGAGGGGAGGUGAAGCUGAGGGAGAGGAGGAGGCGUGAGUCGGCCCCGGUAAUUGGGUUGCCGGAUCUGGAGCAGGCUCACUCCGCAGGGUCCCACAGCCAGCAGGUGAGAGGUGCACGCAGGGUGUCCAAAGGGUCCCAGCGGGCCAUGCUCAUCAGCUGCCUGUCCGAGGACAGCGCCUUGGAAGGGCUGGACCCUGUCGGAGAUAUCAACACGCCCAAGGGGAGUCGCAGGAACUUCAUCGAGCUGAUGAUGAGUAGUUCUCCUCAGGUUCGGAGGUCUCUGAUCAACCGAGGCUCACGUCUCCGGGACUCAGUGAGGAGCGACGGAGACUCGACCUCGCUCCUCUCCUCGGCCACCGACGACGACUGCGCCUCAGUGACCCUGGACCCAUUGGAACACGAGUGGAUGCUGUGCGCCUCAGACGGCCUGUGGGAGAGCCUGCAGUCGCUGCUCCUCGUGGAGCCCGGCCUGGUGACCAAGAGAGACUUUGUGACCGGCUUCACCUGCCUCCACUGGGCGGCCAAGCAGGGCAAAGCCGAGCUGCUCUCCCAGCUGCUGGCCUUCGCCAAGGACAACGCUGUACCUGUGAAUGUAAAUGUGAGAUCAAGUGCUGGAUACACGCCACUGCACCUGGCUGCCAUGCAUGGACACACACAGGUGGUCCGUGUGUUGCUGUCCGACUGGGAGGCGGACCCCGAGGCCCGAGACUACAGCGGCAGGCGAGCCAUCCAGUACCUCUCCCCGCCGCUGGCCGCCGACCUGCAGGAGGAGGGAGUGGUCCUCUCACCUGGAGCCGAGUCCGACAACGAGAACACCAGCACCGUCGGCACCGUGGGGCGUGGCUGGAGGUUUCCCAGAGUCCUCCCAGGCAACCUGAACCCACUGCGACUCCUCAACCCACCUGCCGAGUCAGCAGAGGACGCGAUGGCAGCCGGGAGGACCAAAGGGGGGAUUCAGAGGAAGUCGUCCCUGAGCCGACUGAACGCGCGGCUGCAUCGAGGACGCCACCGAGCCCAGAUCAUCCACAGCGCCUCCUUCAGGGACCCGGGGGAGGUGGGAAGAGCGGAAGAGCUCCCCACUAGCCCUCUCCGAACCCGCCCACUGUCCAACCUGUUCGGAUGAAGCGCCGAUGUAGAGAUAUAAACCAGUUUGACACGCUUCGAUUGACAAAACCCAGUUUACUCACCUUUAUAAGCUGACAGGUCAGACAUUUUAAUGACCAAAAUUAAUAGUACACACUCUAAUAUAUAGCGUCAAGCUGAAGGUUUUAUUAUUAUAGGUUUUUUUAAAGAAAUAAACCACAAAUGUAUGCUUUUCUAAAAAUGUAACUUAUUUUUGUUUCUAUUGCAAUUUUUUUAGGCUUAUGUUGAUCACUGCGGGCAGGCCACAGUUCAUGUAGCUUUCUCUUUAGCACGACAAUUCAUUUCUAGGCUCUGUUUUAGAGCAAAUGGUAGUCAUUACACCAGGUGUUUUCUUGUUUGAUACACUAGAACAAUGUUUACACAAGAACAAAAACAACAUGAAGGAUUGUAUCAGAUUUUCACUUUAGUUUGAUCUCACAGUGGUGACGGAUUUCAAAAUAACACUUUGGUUUUGCAUUCACACAUUUAUCCAAACUCCUGUUUUUGUUUGCAGAGUAAAGUAAUAUAUUCAUAGAACUAAUUUUCUAUAUUUUAACCUCCUUUGAUUGGACGGUGCUGACUUUUAUUUUCUAGAAAUGAACAAAUCUUUUUUUAUUUUUCAGUAGCAAUUUCUCGUAUUCCAACUGUUGUAACCACAGAAUUGUUGUGCGUCCAAACAGCCGUGUACAGUUGUCAUGUUUGCACUUGUCACUUUUAAGAAAGUUUGUGAUUGUGGGAAGAAACUGCUCAAACUAAAAUCAUGCCAGCCAUUACUGAUCCCAUGUCAUGCUUGUAAUUUGAUAAACGAUCAAAUUGUUACACAUUUAGAUGUAAAAUGUUGGAAGUUGGAGCUCUAAAAAGUAAGUUAAAAGUUCAGUACUUACACUGAUUGGGGGAUAUUUCCAGGCUGUCGUGGCUUUAGUUCACAGUUGGACUAUUUCACAGGGUUUCUGUAAGUCUUUCUAUAUUCAAUAAUGUACCUCAAAUCCUCGUGAGUCUAGUUCACUCAGUGUUAAGUUGCUUCUUUUGUGGGGGAGUUUAAGGGAACAGUUCACCCCCAAAAACCAAAAAAAUGUCUAACCUGUAGCACUUUUUAUCCAUGUAGAUUUUUCUGAUGUUAGCUUCCUGGUUCUGGCAGAGAUGUGUGCCUUUCUCCUGAAUGUAAAGGAGAUAGUUGGCCCUUAGCUUGUGAAACCAUCAGCAACGGCCCUUUUUCAGAAAGAGAGAAGAAGUAACUCAGGAUACUCCACAGACCUUGCUGUGAGCAGUCUCACGUUGGAGCUGUUUCUUUUAACUGAACCGUAAAACCACACAGAAGGAAAUGUGCAUCUACGGCACAGCUGAGGGCGCAUGAGUCCAUUAGUAGAUGCACGCUUCCAUCUGAAAAACUCGGCAGCUGUAGCUCGGUAGAAAGAAAACAGUUCUUACAUAAAACUGUUCACAGCAAGGACUGUGGAUAAUCUUUAGUAAGGGGGGGUUGCGAUUCCUGGAAAGAGACAAGGAGAGAUCUGAGCACCAUCUAGUUCCAUUAAACCUGAGAGAAGGCAAGCAAUCUAAAUGGAUAAACAGCGCUACAUAAAUAGGAUUUUUUUUGUAAUUAUUUGGAGUGAAAUGUCCCUUUUAAUUGGUAUGGACCUAUUAAAGCAGAUUACAGUGUUCUAUUAUUUAUGUCAAGGUCUUUCCAUAGAUAAACAGCGUAGGACCGAUGAAUCCUGCAGCAAAUAUGCAAUCAAACAUACAGAUUGAUAUCCUCCGCAUCACUCUGGACCAGAUUUUAUACUUAACAAACUGCCUGUAUCGACUCACCUUGCAUGUACACAAUCACUCGUUCAUCGAUCAUGUCUGUAUCAUCAUGGAUAGUGAAGAGUCUAAACCAGGACAUGCUGUCUGUCUACCUGAGGAGCACAUUGACUUUUUGACUGUUUUUUUCCCCAAAUAUGUAAACCUUAUUGGAUCAGUGACACACCCUCGAGUUCCCUUCCUACUUUGUAGCAUUUGUACUCAAAUCAUAGGGCUUCGUGUAAUUGCAACUGUUGACUCUUUUGAUGUAGAGAUGUAUUGUACAAACCCACUUUGACGUCACUUUUUAAGAUGCAUGAAUAGGGGAAAUGUAAAUGCCGCACACCGUUUUUAAUUUCAUGUCUGUAAAGUCGUCGUUUACUGUGAAGUUUUAAUGUGAAUACACUGUUUCUGAGCCACUGUCAUCUCUUCCCCUUCAUGUCUCAUCGUUGAUAUGAAAUAAAGCAAUAUUUUUUCUUUUUCUCAA